AGCGUCCGCGUUUUUCCUGGCCCCCCCCAACCCCCCCGGACAGGACCCCCUUGAGCUCGUCCCUCGGCUGCCACCAUGAGCGACCAAGAUCACUCCAUGGAUGAAAUGACAGCUGUGGUGAAGAUUGAAAAAGGAGUUGGUGGCAAUAAUGGGGGCAAUGGUAAUGGUGGUGGUGCCUUUUCUCAGGCUCGAAGCAGCAGCACAGGCAGUAGCAGCAGCAGUGGAGGAGGAGGAGGGCAGGAAUCCCAGCCAUCCCCUUUGGCCCUGCUGGCAGCAACUUGCAGCAGAAUUGAGUCACCCAAUGAAAACAGCAACAACUCCCAGGGCCCAAGCCAGUCAGGGGGCACAGGUGAGCUUGACCUCACAGCCACACAACUUUCCCAGGGUGCCAAUGGCUGGCAGAUCAUCUCUUCUUCCUCUGGGGCUACCCCUACCUCAAAGGAACAGAGUGGCAGCAGUACCAAUGGCAACAAUGGCAGUGAGUCUUCCAAGAAUCGCACGGUCUCUGGUGGGCAGUAUGUUGUGGCUGCCACCUCCAACCUACAGAACCAGCAAGUCCUGACAGGACUGCCUGGAGUGAUGCCUAAUAUUCAGUAUCAAGUAAUCCCACAGUUCCAGACCGUUGAUGGGCAACAGCUGCAAUUUGCUGCCACUGGGGCUCAAGUGCAGCAGGAUGGUUCAGGUCAGAUACAGAUCAUACCAGGUGCAAACCAACAGAUCAUCACAAAUCGAGGAAGUGGAGGCAACAUCAUUGCUGCUAUGCCAAACCUACUCCAGCAGGCUGUCCCCCUCCAAGGCCUGGCUAAUAAUGUACUCUCAGGACAGACUCAGUAUGUGACCAAUGUACCAGUGGCCCUGAAUGGGAAUAUUACCUUGCUACCUGUCAACAGCGUUUCCGCAGCUACCUUGACUCCUAGCUCUCAGGCAGUCACGAUCAGCAGCUCUGGGUCCCAGGAAAGUGGCUCACAGCCUGUCACCUCAGGGACUGCCAUCAGUUCUGCCAGUUUGGUAUCAUCACAAGCCAGUUCCAGCUCCUUUUUCACCAAUGCCAAUAGCUACUCAACAACUACUACCACCAGCAACAUGGGAAUUAUGAACUUUACCACCAGCGGAUCAGCAGGGACCAACUCUCAAAGCCAGACACCGCAGAGGGUCAGUGGGCUGCAGGGAUCUGAUGCUCUGAACAUCCAGCAGAACCAGACAUCUGGAGGCUCACUGCAAGCAAGUCAACAAAAAGAGGGAGAGCAAAACCAGCAGACGCAGCAACAACAACAAAUUCUCAUCCAGCCUCAGCUAGUUCAAGGGGGACAGGCCCUCCAGGCCCUCCAAGCAGCCCCACUGUCAGGGCAGACCUUUACAACUCAAGCUAUCUCCCAGGAAACCCUCCAGAACCUUCAGCUUCAGGCUGUUCCAAACUCUGGCCCUAUCAUCAUCCGGACACCAACAGUGGGGCCCAAUGGACAGGUCAGCUGGCAGACUCUUCAGCUGCAGAACCUCCAAGUUCAGAACCCACAGGCCCAGACAAUCACCUUGGCCCCAAUGCAGGGUGUUUCCUUGGGGCAGACCAGCAGCAGCAGUACCACCCUUACACCUAUUGCCUCAGCUGCCUCCAUCCCUGCCAGCACAGUCACUGUGAAUGCUGCUCAACUCUCCUCCAUGCCUGGCCUCCAGACCAUUAACCUCAGUGCAUUGGGUGCUUCAGGAAUCCAGGUGCACCAGCUUCCAAGUCUGCCCUUGGCUAUAGCAAAUGCCUCAGGUGAUCAUGGAGCUCAGCUUGGCCUGCAUGGGGCUGGUGGUGAUGGAAUACAUGAUGACCCAACAGGCGGAGAGGAAGGAGAGAACAGCCCAGAUCCCCAACCCCAAGCUGGUCGGAGGACCCGGCGGGAAGCAUGCACCUGCCCCUACUGUAAAGAUAGUGAAGGAAGGGGCUCUGGGGAUCCUGGCAAGAAGAAACAGCACAUUUGCCACAUGCAAGGCUGUGGCAAAGUAUAUGGCAAGACCUCACACCUACGGGCACACUUGCGCUGGCAUACAGGCGAGAGGCCAUUCAUGUGUACCUGGUCAUACUGUGGGAAGCGCUUCACACGUUCGGACGAGUUACAGAGGCACAAACGCACACACACAGGUGAGAAGAAAUUUGCCUGCCCUGAGUGUCCCAAGCGCUUCAUGAGGAGUGACCACCUGUCAAAACAUAUUAAGACCCACCAGAAUAAGAAGGGAGGCCCAGGUGUAGCCCUAAGUGUGGGCACUUUGCCCCUGGACAGUGGGGCAGGUUCAGAAGGCAGCGGCACUGCCACCCCUUCGGCCCUCAUUACCACCAACAUGGUAGCCAUGGAGGCCAUCUGUCCAGAGGGUAUUGCCCGUCUUGCCAACAGUGGCAUCAACGUCAUGCAGGUGGCAGAUCUGCAGUCCAUUAAUAUCAGUGGCAAUGGCUUCUGAGAUCAGGCACCCGGGGCCAGAGACAUAUGGGCCAUACCCAUCAACCCUGGGAUGCAAGGUAGCAUGGGUCCAAGAGACAUGUGGGAGAGAGAGCCAUGAGGCAUUAAAAAUGCAUGGUGGUGGGAAGAAUUGGGGGAGGGAUACAAGAGAAGAGAUGGGGUCCUGGCAUCCACCUGUAUCAUCAGUACCUCCUUGAAGUGGGAAACAUUAGUGAAAAUUCUGUUGGUGCCACCCUUUGAUGAGCAUUUGUUUGACCCCAAACAGUUUCUUAACACUUCUUACCCCAGCCUCCACUUCCUGCAUUUCCCUUCUCAGCUCCCCCAUGAUGGAUCCCCCCCCUUUCCUAAAGCCAUCAUGCCUUGAUAAAUAUAUAUGAUCAUUGAAAUACUUUUUAACAAAAAACAGAUUCUAUAUUAUAUAUAUAUAUAUAUAUAUAUAAAAAAGAUAUAUAGAGAUGCAUUUGCAGGGGUUGGCUGGGAGGAGGAAGGAGACCAUUCUGUGACCAAAAUAACUUGGUCAUUUUUUUUUAUAUUGCCUUAUUUCCUUAUGGCUGAGCCUUGUUGUGACACAUCAAGAUUUUCUAUAGAUGUUGUCUUGGCUUCCCACCAGAUUAAGCAUUUAUAUGCUCUGCUUUUAGUUUAUAUAUACAUACAUAAUGUUUUCCUUUCUUAAUUUUGUCUUUUAAUUUGGGAUCAGCUUCUUGCACUCCUUCCUUGACUCAACCAUUUCUGUCUCCCCUUCUCUCACCUGAUCACUUCAUGCUUUGUUUUUGGUAGUGGUCCCUGGAUGAGGCACUUCUGUCAUUCUUUUAAAGUCCUUAGUCCCAGCAGCAGAAUAGAGAAGCCUUGAAGCUCAGGCGAAUGCUUGAGGUAGCUGUGAAGAGAGUGUUCAAAAUACUACUGACGCAGGCACCCUCUUGGCGCUGGAGAGUCAAAGGCACCUCUCUCUUCAUUAGCUGCUCUAAGCAUCAAGAAUCAGAAGUCCUUCUAUGGAAUUGUACAAGAGACCCUUUGAAGGUUAUAAUCUGGGAUCAGUUUAUAUAAACUGUGAAAAGAUGGUCAAAUAAUAGGUAGGGGCUUUCAAUAGGAAAAUGAUGUGCUCAGAAGCGGAAGUGACUCAAGUAGUCCAGUUCAGCAGUUAGUGGAUUAUUUGGACCUUUGUACAACUGUCUUCCAAGGUAGCUCUCAGCUUUGAUGUGUGGGCUUCUGAGUUCACAUUCUGAAAGGAAAUACACUUCCUCUUUUGAACAUCCCCAGUAGUUUCUUUCCCAUUAUGUUAUUAAGGAGCAUCAGCCAAUGAACCUGUUCUGGGUUUCCAUUCUGCAAAACUCCAGAGCAUGGACCAGUGGCAAGGCAGUGGUUCUUUGAUCUUUUCCCUUAACUCUUCCUUGGGUGGUUCCUAAGGGGAAAGGAAGCACACACGAUCACGGGAAUGAUAGCCCAGAACAAAAAGAAAUCUUGUCUUACCACUGUGGUUUAUAGGAGAGAUCAGGAAAAACCAUCCUGCUUUCUCCAUGGCCUGAUUGCUGAAGAGACUGAUCCAAAAAUUAUAGCGGCAGGGAACUCUUAGUGCAUUUGGCACUGAGAUUUAAAUGCAACCAGAGUUGUCCUCAAGGCCCAGCCAUUAAAACAUUGUCUCUCUCGACCUUCUGGUAUCUUGUCAGAGAGCUUUUCACUGUGAGGAAGUGUGGAAAUGGCUGUGUGUAUGUGUGUAAUCUGUUAGGUUGGGGAUAGGUUUUCUGUUAGCCAAUACUAUAAGAGACCUGCAAUAAAAAAUUACCCUAAUCUGAUAGAAAGUGAAGUGUUUGUGUAUGACUGUGUGUGAAUGUGUGUUUGUGCCUGUAUAUAUCUACACGCAGAUGAGAAAUUAAUAUUUGAAAUUGUUGGAAAAUAAAUCAAAUUCAGAUCAAAUGCUUUUCAGGCCCAUUACCUAGAAAUCUAUCUUAAAACCUGGGUAUGUUCCUGAGGUCAUUUCUUUGCUUUUGCUAAAUUAGUUACAAUUAUGAAUGGGGGAUAUUCUACUGCACUUUUAAAAGAAGAAACUAUUUUUGUGUUUGAAAGUGAAACCAACAUCCAGAUCUAUAGCAGAGUCCUAGUUCCUUUCAUGAAUCUAUUUACCUUGACUACAAAUAGAUGAUGCUAUAAUUCUACUAUAUAUUUUAUAUAAAAUCUAUCCAAAUUAGGGUUUGGGUAAGUUUGUGUUGUUGUUUAACCUGAAAUACAAUAACUUAAUCUAAACAAAAGUUUACUCCAUUUGGUCCUUUCUCAGCAGACUUAAUACUGUUUUUAACACAGGAAGUAUUGCAAGGAACUUCUCCCCAGAUCAAAUUCUAUUAAUACUGAAGUAAAAGUUAUCCAUGCCCAGCCACUUAUCGCACCCUUUGUCCCCUCUGAAAGGCAGAACUCAGAACCUGUUAUUUUAUGUCUGUAAUCAUGUUCAUAGGCAUCUUCUGGAGGAAAGGGGCAGGAUAACUCACUGAAGUGUGAGUAUUCACUAGAGAUUUCAAGGAAUGGAAUCUUCCCCAGUAUGAAGUUAUUAGAUAUAAACUAGCUUAAUGAUGCUGAAGCCUACAAGCUUUUAGAAGGUUAUUUGAUGAUGUUUUUCUCUGGAAUGGAAUGCUGGUUUACCCUCAACUCCAUUCAUUAGCAUGAGUGAAUUUAUAUCCAGUUCUUUCCACUUGCCCUAUUUUCUUCUCACCAAGGAAGCUCCAGAUCCAGUAUCUUGUUUGGCCCUAAAACUGAAGCAGCUUCUGCUUUUGUCUCCCAGCAACAGUAAGUCACUCAGUCUUUUCCACAGGAAGUUAGGAGCCCACAUUCCUUGAGUCAGGAGUUUAUUGAUGAAACUCCCUUUCCCUGAACUUUUUGCCAGAAGAAAUUAAUGUAACUGACAGGCUAUUGAUUCUAAAUUUUUUUCAAGAGUUGCUUUUUUAUUUAACUUCUUAAUGACCAAACCUUGUGGGGUGGGGGGUGCCCAGAGGAGUGGUAAUAUUAUUCCCUUGUCCGUUGAGGUUGCCCAGUCACAUUUAUCUGCUUAUCAUUUGACUGUCUGACUUUUUACCCAGAGCAGUAACAACCCACACCAUCUUCCUUCAGGGACUUCCCAGCUGGCACUCUGUUUGUGGGUGCUGUGCAGAAUGCAAUUUAACAGACAUUUCUCAGAGUUCAGAAUAGAUAGAACUCUUGAUCCCAGAAAGUAUAGACUGAAGUGUGGUGUAAAGAUUAUGAUUGGGGGAGGGUUAGAGACAAAGGCUGUAAAUUACUAUGGCUGAUUGAUUUUAUUUCUACUAUAUACAUAUAUAUAUUUUUUGCUUUUAUAUAUCCUAUAUAGGAAACUAAGCAUUGUAUUUUUUUAACAAAUCUGAGAAAGCACUAUGAACUGCAGAUGUUUGACUUCAGAAUAUAUUUUGUAUUGUUAAUAUCUUCACAUUGUGUGAAUACUGGAAGCUGCAGAUCUUUGCUAGGACGCAAUAAAUUUAUAUACCUUUUGA